CUCUGGUCCUCCUCUGCGCGCUCUGGCUCUUCGCCCCGGUCAAACUACGGCGGGGAGCGUUCGGUCUCCAAAAACUUGGCCGAAUUUUGUGCAGAGGAGUCCGAAUCCGGCUAUUUAGUUUUUGAAGGGGAUACCGGAGUGUCGCAUGAUCGGAUUUUCGUAGUGAUUUUGCUCGUAGUUUAAUCAUGGAGACUUUCAGAUGUCUCCUUGCGCUGUUUUUCGCUCUCCUGGCUAGAGCGCAAAUUCAGAUCCAAAAGCCCACCUUUGUAGACUGUCCCGUUGACCUUUUCUUUGUGCUGGAUACGUCUGAAAGCGUCGCCCUCAGACAGAAGCCUCCCAACUUUUAUAUCGACCAGAUCAAAGAAUUCACCAAACGCUUCGUAGAUGAACUCCAAGAAAUGCGCCACCAAUGUGAUCGCAUCCUGAUGUGGAACUCAGGAGCCCUGCACUACAGCGACGAGGUCAUCAUUGUGCGAGAGCUGAGCAACAUGCGCACAGAACGCCAGGCCCUAAAGGAAGACAUCGACGCCAUCACCUACAUUGGCAAAGGAACCUACACUGACUGCGCCAUCAAGAGGGGCCUGGCAGAGCUGCUCGUUGGGGGUUCCCACUACCAUGAAAACAAGUACAUCGUGGUAGUGACUGAUGGCCAUCCUGUCACUGGUUACAAAGAGCCAUGUGGGGGUGUGCAGGAGGCUGCUAAUGAAGCCAGGCAGCAUGGAGUUAAAGUGUUUGCUGUGGCCAUCUCACCUGACCAGGAGGACACCAGACUGUCCCUCAUCGCCACAGACCAGUCCUACAGGCAGAACUUCACUGCUGCAGAUGAAACCAGAUCCACCAAGAUGAAAACUAUUCGAACCAUCAUCAAUAUGAUUACAAACGAGACCAAGGAUGUGUGCUGCUCUUUUGACUGCAAUGCUCCUGGGGGUUCAAAAGGACCAGAUGGGGACACUGGCGCCAAGGGAGAGCUGGGUCGACCAGGAAUGCCAGGAGAGAAAGGAGAAAUUGGCCCUCUGGGCAGCGAUGGUGAUCCUGGUCCAGUUGGCUACAGCGGGAUGAAGGGAGACCGCGGUCCCAGAGGAGACAAGGGUGAAAGGGGACACAAAGGCUUUAAGGGUGACAAAGGUCAAAGAGGGUUGGAUGGAAUCGAUGGGCAAAAGGGUGUAGCUGGUUUCCCCGGUCUUCCUGGUUGUAAAGGAGGUCCUGGGUCAGAUGGCCUGCAGGGAGAGCCUGGACCAAAGGGGGACCCUGGCCCUUAUGGAAAAAAAGGGGAGAAAGGGGAACAAGGAAGAAACGGUGAGCCAGGACGACCUGGAAACUAUGGACCUCAGGGACGUCCUGGAGAGCCAGGCAAUUCUGGACUUCGUGGAGACAAAGGAGAGCGCGGUGAGGAUGGACCACCUGGACCAGAUGGAGCUGGUGGAGAAGGAGGACAAAUCGGCGAGAAGGGGGAGCAAGGUUCUCGCGGGAACAGAGGCCCAAGAGGAGACCCUGGGGAGCCGGGACCACGUGGAGAGCAGGGGAGGGAGGGCUCAACCGGUGCCAAUGGAGAACCUGGUGAGCCAGGAAGAAGCGGCCCUCCUGGCUACAGGGGAGACGAAGGUUCACCAGGACCAGAGGGGCCCAAAGGGCCAAGAGGAAUCAGAGGAUCAUCAGGAGACAGAGGCCCAAUAGGGGAGAGGGGAGUGACUGGUGGCCAAGGAAAUGGCACCAAAGGCUGUCCUGGCUUCCAAGGUUACCCUGGGCCACGUGGAGACAACGGUGAGCCGGGUACCAAGGGAACUCCCGGACCCAAAGGAGAUGAUGGAGAACCCGGAGAUUCAGGCCGAGAUAACAACGAGCUUGGGCCUCCUGGACCCAAAGGGGCCAAAGGUCAUCGAGGGUCUGAGGGCAGACCGGGUCCUCCUGGGCCGCCUGGACCAGCAGGAACUGAUGAAUGUGAAAUUCUGGAUAUCAUCAUGAAGCUUUGCUCUUGUUGUGAGUGCAAGUGUGCCCCUGUAGACCUGGCAUUUAUCGUGGACAGCUCAGAGAGUAUCGGUGCAACAAACUUUGCACUUGCCAAAGAUUUCAUCAUCACAGUUAUUGACAGACUGAUUAAAGACCAUCUAGUCAAGUUCGCAAUGAACCAGUCAACUGUCAGUGUCGUCCAGUACAGUGGAUCGCAAGCCCAAGAAGCUGUGAGACUAACAACCAGCCUCGCUGAUUUUAAACAGACGGUGAGAGACUUGCGCUGGCUGGCUGAGGCCACUUACACAGGCGAGGCACUUGAAUAUGCUUUGACCAACACAAUCAAUGAGAUGAGGAAAGACAACAAAGUUGUUCUCGUUCUCACUGAUGGACGCUCCGAUAUCUCCAGGGACAAGACUCCUCUCAAUGUGCUCUGUGGGAAGGACAUCUUGGUGGGCGGUUUAGGAGUUAAAGACUACUCAGGCCGCCAGCCCAACCAGGAGCAGCUUCAGUCUGUAACGUGUGAGAGCGAUCCCAAACCAGGAUUUUCCUUUGUUCUGGAUAACUUUGCUGAGCUGCUGGAUGAUAAUUUCCUACAGAAUCUCACAGCCAGGAUCUGUCAAGAAAAGAAAUGCCCAGACUACAAAUGUCCAAUAUCCUUCUCUCAAAGUACCAACAUUUUGGUGAUGAUGGACAGCUCAGCCAGUGUGGGCCAGAAGAACUUUGAGACAAGCAAGACCUUUGUCAAACACUUGGCUAAGCGUUUCCUCGCUGCCGAGAAAAAGGGAGGUGUCACAGUCAGAGUGGGUGUCGGCCAGUAUAGCCAAAGCAACCCUCGCCUGGAGCAGCCUCUAACUACCAAUUUCACCUUGCUGUCAUCUAAAAUUGAAGAAGCUCAGUUCCAAAAUGAGGGCACUGAUGUUUUACAAGCAAUGCAAUUCGCUAUUAACUCUCUACCUAGCCGUGGGGAUGCAUCUGGAGUGAAGAGGAAGCUGGUGCUGUUCUCUGACGGGAGGUCUCAAAGAGUCACCAAUGUUGUCCUGGAGAAGCGAGUCCGUGAGGUGGCAGACAGCGGCAUCGAGCUCUUUGUCAUCUCAAUAGGAAACCAAGUCAACGAGGUCAAUCUCCGCACUCUAGUGAGCAGAGGGCGGGUGCAAGACAUCAGCUACGCCCAGCGCCACCUGUUCCGUGUUGCUGACUACCCGUCUCUGCUCCGAGGGGUCUUCCACCAAACAGUCAGCCGCAGGGUGUCUUUGCCCUAAGUGCAAACUAAAAGGACAAACAUUUUUGAUUUUUAGACCCAUUAUGAAUAUUCAGUCUCAUUCAUUUACAGUACACUGUGUUCAAGUAUGUUUGAAAACAAGAAAAGGUAGUGUCACAAAAUCACACAUUAUUAUGUGACGGAUAAAUGUAAAUAUUUUUACAGAAGGACUCCUUUACUUUGAGUUGAUCCCCAAGGCAGACCAUCGUAGUCUCUGUACACAACAACUCGAUAAAUCUGCUGAGACACUAUGCAGCAGUGCACAGAGGAGAUAUUUCUGCCUUGAGUUAGAACUCAAAGUAGAAUGGUCCAAAUUAAAAGGAGUGUCCUUUGAUCCUGGUGAGUUGUCAAUGACAAUGCCACAUUUUAGCUUAUUUCUACUCAUCCGGACUGGUUUCUCCUCAGGUACUCUGUACUUCUGUAUCCCUCUCAGCUUUGACAUGCUUCAUUCUACCAGUGAGGCUUCAAAGAGGCUUAAUGAACCUUUCUUUGCUCUCCAGGUCCAGAGUUAUGGCUGUUUAUGGUUAAAUGUGGACCCAUGAUCAAAGGUGUUGUGUCACCUAAUGCAAAAUUAAGGGAACAACCGCAGCACUAGUAGGACCAGACACAAGUUUUUCCAGCAUAUACUGGAAAGGUUCAUAGCAAAAAUGAUAAAACAGCACUAACUCGGAGAAAAAUCUCAUCUUUAGAAAGCUCUAUUAGACCACCUACUGAACAGGUGAAACAGGAUGUGGCAUUAGGCGGGCCCUUCAGCUGGUACUAAUGAAGGCAGCUGGACUCAACAUGUGUGUGUGUGUGUGUUUACAUCAUAUAAACAGAAAUAACUGUGAAUCCUUGGCUGGUUGAUUGAUAAACAGUUGUACUCUGGUUAACCUGUUUUCUGGCUUGUUUUUGAAGAAACAGCGGCCAAUAACACACGCACACACAAACACACACACACACACACACACAAGUGAGCUAGGAAAACAUCUGUUGCAGUUAAAAGUUGGACAGAAACCUGAAGAGACUCAGGAGCUCACAUGUACCUUUUACAGCUGAUCCCCACACCUGUUAGUCUCAUUUGAUUCAAAGUGAUCAGUGGCUCAGAGUGUUACUGAACUGUUGUUUUUAUCUCCGGUGCUAAUAUCCCCUGUGUAUCAGCCACUACAUGUGUUGUUCAAGAUGACUUUUUUUACUGCAAACACAAAGCCUUAGUGAUGUUGGAAGUUAUCCUUCAAUAAAGGUUGUUACAUCCAA